AUGACGGUCCCGCUUCGUAAGCGAUGGAAGGCACGCUCUACCGGUUCACACUACCUCUUAUUGUCUACCAAGGGCCUCGGACAUCCGUCCUACGUCCAGCUACCCCACCCGCCGUCUCACACAGCGGCCUCCUUCGGGACCUUCACCUCCGACUCCUCGUCCUUCAGCCGACCCCGUCAAUCUACACCAAUGGACGCUUUCAGCAUGGCUGCCAUCCCGGACAUCGAGGAGAUCGUCAAUGUCCCCGAGGACUUCGAGAGCGGCGGCGGCACGACCGGUGUCUACUGCGUCGUCGCAUGA